GGACAGGACAAGCCUCAGGGAAAUAGGCGCCUUCGCUUGAUCUUCCACUAACCACUCCAUUGGCGAACUGUUAUGGACAACUAUCCUUCCAUGCAAUGAACUACUGAUCGGUUUUCGCCUGAGUCUUCUUUCAGACAUUCCACGUACGCGAUUAUCGUUCCAGAUCCUCACUGGGCCGUUUGCAUAGCCCCCUAUCUUCAGUUUCACCAUUUUCGAUCUGCCAACCUCGAGACUCACUUCGAUUUCACCUUUAUACUCCGUACUUUCAAGCCGUUUUCUUCCUGGCAGAUGCACUUCGUAUUGAAGUGUUCAUGCAUACUGGUCUCUUAGUUCCUCUCAAUUGGCCCUCAGGAUUCGGAGGAAACUUACUGUGACUGGCCGAUCGUUGUCUUCUUAAGCGCCUCAUGGACCAGGUUGUCCUUGCAUUUUGGGUUUGAAUUAGCCGCCCGGUUCACUAUCCUACGUCUGUACAGUCUCACUCACACAUAUCCUGUCUCCCGUAAUCGCUUUACGCCUCUAUCCUCUACUUGUCGACGUCGCUGCGAACUCGGGCUUAUCCUACCAUCCCACGUCCUCGAGAGACCAUAUUCGUCAUGUCCGACCAGUUCAAGGCCAGGACGUUGAAGAGGAAGAAUGUAAAAGGGUUGGCUUUGAGCGCUCCACCACCGAGAACUUCAAACCCUUCAGAUGGAGACUCGCAAAUACCGGGCGCUCUCGGAAAUUCAGAGAGUGACCGGACGGACACUUUGGAGAUUGGUCUUGAGUUUAAACUUGAUCUGAGAAGCGAAGAUUUGGUGGUCCUCAAAGAGCUAGGGGCAGGCAAUGGAGGAACCGUCAGUAAAGUCAUGCAUGCUUCUACCAAGGUUAUUAUGGCAAGAAAGAUCAUUCGAGUUGAUGCGAAGGAGAACGUCCGCAAGCAGAUCGUCAGAGAAUUGCAGGUUGGUCACGAUUGCAGUUCUCCAUAUGUCAUCACAUUCUAUGGCGCUUUCCAGAAUGAGGCACGAGAUAUAGUGCUUUGCAUGGAAUAUAUGGAUUGCGGGUCAUUAGAUCGUAUAUCCAAAGAUUUUGGACCUAUUCGUGUCGAUGUCCUUGGGAAGAUCACGGAAUCAAUACUCGGGGGUCUCGUGUAUCUCUACGAAGCACACCGUAUAAUGCAUCGUGACAUCAAACCCUCCAAUGUCUUGGUUAAUUCCCGCGGCAUGAUCAAGCUCUGCGAUUUUGGUGUUGCCACCGAGACAGUCAACUCCGUCGCAAACACAUUUGUCGGCACUUCCACAUACAUGGCACCUGAACGAAUCCAGGGAGGCGCAUACACGAUCAAGUCUGAUGUAUGGAGCGUGGGGUUGACAGUGAUGGAGCUAGCUAUUGGACGGUUUCCCUUUGACUCUACGGACUCUGCUGCAGGCGACAGAGCUAGUGCUGGGCCAAUGGGUAUACUCGAUCUUUUGCAGACUAUUGUGCAUGAGCCUGCACCGAAACUGCCGAAGAGCGAGGCUUUCCCUGCCAUUCUGGAAGAUUUCGUUGCCAAAUGUCUUCUCAAGAAUGCCGACGAAAGGCCAACGCCUAGAGAGCUCUACGAUCGAGACAACUUUGUACAAGCGGCAAAGCGAACCCCAGUCGACCUGGCGGAAUGGGCGGUUUCCAUGAUGGAAAGACACAACCGAAAAUCUUACUUGGCACCACCAGCACCUAAAUCCCUCAAAAGUGACGGCACCAGUUCAGAUACCUCAUACACCAACUCAGCCGCUUCGACGGCGUCAUUCGCAAGUGAUGCCCGAGGCACACCAGUCACGGCAAGACGUUAUGCAAGUCCCACGACAGGCAACAUAACGGUAGCCGCACCUCAGUUUGCCUCCCAACCAGCACAACAGACUCCAACAGGAAUCGCCGAAAGAUCCCCCCCUCCUCCUCUUUCACUGCAACAUUUAUCGUUGGAGACGCGCGACCCGCCGAAUGGUGUCUCCAAUCGGGCGAACCGACUUGGUUUCAGUGAACGUGACAACAUCCCGGAGCCGGCUUCUGCAAUAGAGCCGUCGCAGCGCCCUUUGUUCCCACCAAGGACUAGCAGCAGCAACUCCUUGGUAGGGAAUAGAAACCCGCUUACAAGCCCACCACUAUCUGUACGGCCGCCUCCACCAAGCGGUCCGUUGCCGCCACCUCCCAUGAAGGAUCUCCCAGCGCCUCCCGCACUGAAAAGUGCGGAGAUAGCCAGUCCACGCCGAGCUAGGUGAUGGGCUGGGAAGGCAUCUUUUGAAGUUGUUUUAGAUUGAGCGAGAAGCAUACUUCUGGGAUACAUUGGGAGACAAAAAACGUGGGCUGUAGCAUUUCUUCGGGUGUAUCUGCGACUUCGAACCGAAUUGUAAAUUCUUGCAGGGGACCUACUCGUAGUUAGAUAUCUCCAGUAUAUGAGACGACCGUGCUCUCCAAUAUGACCUCAAUUGAGCGCUCGGACGAAGUAGUUCUAGGUAUCCACGAGGGCCGGCGCGGUCCUCGUCCGCCAGACACGCUACAAG